GGGGAGAUGAAGCAUUAAAGGUGGCAAGGUGGCAGCAAUGCGUCCCGGCCUCAGAGAACUAUGGCAACAUCCGGUGAUUGGACUGGGAGUGAAUUGCAGGAUGGAACAGAGCUGGCUGAGCACAGCGUGGAGGAGCAAGCCCAGGGUAUUGUCUACCCUGAGGAGUUCGUGGCUAUCGCAGACUAUGCCGCACCUGAUGAGACACAGCUCAGUUUUCUGAGAGGAGAAAAGAUUCUCAUCCUGAGACAGACCACGGCUGACUGGUGGUGGGGCGAGCGUGCCGGGUGCUGUGGGUACAUCCCAGCCAACCACCUGGGGAAGCAGCUGGAAGAGUGUGACCCAGAAGACAGCUGGCAGGAUGAGGAGUACUUCGGCAGCUAUGGAACCCUGAAACUUCACUUGGAGAUGUUGGCAGACCAGCCACGGACAACGAAAUACCACAACGUCAUCCUGCAGAACAGAGAGUCCCUGAAAGACAAGGUGAUCUUGGACGUUGGAUGUGGCACCGGCAUCAUCAGCCUCUUCUGUGCACACUACGCGCAGCCCAAGGCCGUAUAUGCUGUGGAGGCCAGUGAGAUGGCCCAGCACACAGGCCAGCUGGUCAUGCAGAAUGGCUUUGCAGAUAUCAUCACUGUGUUCCAGCAGAAGGUGGAGGAUGUGGUGCUGCCCGAGAAGGUGGACGUACUGGUGUCUGAGUGGAUGGGGACAUGCCUGCUGUUCGAGUUCAUGAUUGAGUCCAUCCUCUAUGCCCGGGAUGCAUGGCUGAAGGAGGACGGGAUCAUCUGGCCAACCACAGCUGCACUGCACUUGGUGCCCUGCAGUGCAGACCGGGACUAUCGCAGCAAGGUUCUCUUCUGGGACAAUGCCUAUGAGUUCGACCUCAGUGCCCUCAAAUCCUUAGCAAUCAAGGAGUUCUUUUCGAAGCCCAAAUAUAAUCAUAUUUUGAAGCCUGAAGACUGUCUUUCUGACCCAUCCACAAUACUUCAGUUGGACAUGAGGACUGUGCAGAUCGCUGAUCUGGAGACGUUGAAAGGUGAGCUGUGCUUUGAUAUCAAGAAAGCUGGCACUCUGCAUGGAUUCACAGCCUGGUUUAGUGUUCACUUUCAGAACCUGGAGGAGGAUGAGCCACAGCUGGUGCUGAGCACAGGACCCUUUCACCCCACCACUCACUGGAAGCAGGUGCUGUUCAUGAUGGAUGAACCGGUGGCCGUCUGCGCAGGAGAUGUGCUCACAGGCUCUGUUGUGCUGCAGAGAAACCCUGUGUGGAGGAGGCACAUGUCUGUGGCUCUGAGUUGGUCUGUCACCUCCAGACAAGACCCCACAGCACAGAAGGCUGGAGAAAAAGUCUUUCCAAUCUGGAGAUGACAGGCCAAGUUGUGCUGGGAAGAACGAGUGUGAGUGGGUGGGGAUUUUUCCUGGACACCACAACCUCUCUCCCAGGCAGUGCUGACCCUUCAUCUGUGGGUGCGUGCCAUCGUCAGAGUCACUGUGGAGAUGCACUUGGGCUUGGCGGGACUGCCAGCCUCUGGUCCCUUGUGUUUGUCCUUUAGAAGUAGACUGUGUCCCCUGUAUUCACCAGUGGCUCAGUGUCCCUCAGCUAGUCUAGUCUGAAUCCUGGGACACACACAACAGCCUUGUCCACCGUGAAAGUGACUUUCCUCCACAUGUGUCAGUGGUGUCCUUACUGCCCGUCCAUUCUCUCACCAUGCAGAAUGUGGGGCACAAAAAUCCAUGCGGGAGCCAGUGUUGGCCAUGCAUGUGGUGGGACUCUGCAUGAGAUCCUUGUAGAGAUGUCUUCCAAGUAAAUCACGUGUUGGCACAUAAUCCAUGCUCAAUAAAUAUUUUUAAUACGUG